AGAGCACAUAGUUCCUCCAGUUACUUCUCUUACCAGCUGUACUGUUGUACUUUUAACAGACAAACAUACCGAGAGAGACAUUGUGCAUUAAUUUAUCUCUACCGGGUUGGGGUGUCUGCUUCAUGAAUGGCCUUGGAAACGUUCCCAUCUGAUCCGCUAUCUCCUCUGCACUGGAAUCUCAUCCUGCUGGGAGCGUCGACCCUGGUGAUGAUGAUCCUCCUGGUUGUGACGUGCAGUCACUGUGGGAAGAGAAAAUCUGAUAAAACGAGUGACCCUGAGCGCAGUGAAGGGACUGAACUGGCUUCAUUACCACAGACCACAGCGGCGAAUGAGAUUUGGAAGCAGAAUACAAACGCAUCAACUGCCGCGCAACCCAAACAGCAAGCCACGGACAGAGAAAAAGUUGAGAAAAAUGCUGACAAAGAUGAACGCGGGAAAGUGCAAACCGUUCGGGCGCUCCCCGAACUGCCCGGGGCUACAGUCAUCCGGAGACACAGCAGCUACAACAACAGCUCAAACGUGUACGACGUGGUUUCUGAGGUCAUGAACGAGUGGCCGCUGGAUUCUAGGACCCUCUGCAAGCAGACCUCAGACGGCAGCAACCUUUAUGAUGACAUAUGGACCGUGGAAGACCGCAAAACCGUCUCGGUCUACACCAAAAUCAACAAGCCCAAACCGAGCGGCUUCUCGCCGCAGCCGGGAGCCCAGGUGGGAGCCACGCCAGAGACUCAAGAGAUGCCGCUGUAUGCUAAAGUGAACAAGCCACGGACCAGGGCAGUGCAAUCCGAAAUAAUAACCUAGCAUGCACGCUGCAGCAGAAAGUAUAAAUCGUGUUUGUGUUUAUUCGGAAAAAAAUGCACACUGACACACCUUAUAGAGAACAUUUACAUUUAGAGGUGUGACGCAAUCCAAAAUGACCCCUGAGUGCUGUGACAGGUCUUUUAACGUUGUAUUAGAUGUUAUUCUAAGUGAAUGUGGAGAGAUUGGACGCUGUGUUUCCGCGUGCCAAUGCAUCUCGGAUCUCUUCUUUUUAAAACUUUCUAUUGAUUUUCAUAGGAAAGAAAGGAAAUGUGAAGCUAUCUAUGCAGAAGAUUGUGUAUUAAAAACAGACGAGUGCUGUUAACAUAUUAUUGAUUAUAACGUCAGCUGUGACAUUAAGUAGAAAAGAUCAGGCAGUAUAAUAUAUAUGUAACUGUUCUCAAUGACAAACCAUUUCUAGAGAAAUGUGUUUAAUAAAAAUCUCCC